ACUUAUCCUCCCCGUAAUCCGAUACAAUGGCUUCCAAGCGCGGUCGUGGUUCCUCCGGAAACAAGCUCAAGAUGACCCUCGGUCUGCCUGUCGGUGCCGUCAUGAACUGCUGCGACAACUCCGGCGCCCGUAACCUCUACAUCAUCUCCGUCAAGGGUAUCGGUGCGCGUCUCAACCGCCUGCCCGCUGGCGGUGUCGGUGACAUGGUCAUGGCGACCGUCAAGAAGGGAAAGCCUGAGCUCCGAAAGAAGGUCAUGCCCGCCGUCAUUGUCCGACAGAGCAAGCCCUGGAGACGGGGUGACGGUGUCUUCCUGUACUUCGAGGACAACGCUGGUGUUAUUGUCAACCCCAAGGGUGAAAUGAAGGGCUCUGCCAUCACUGGCCCCGUCGGAAAGGAGGCCGCUGAGCUCUGGCCGCGUAUCGCGUCCAACUCCGGCGUCGUGAUGUGAGGUGUUCCUUUUCUAGCUCUUCUCCAACAUUCAUGGGUUACGGAAAUGGCGAAAUGCAUUUAUGGGGCGAACACUUGGAGGUAGACAUUGCAAAAAGCUAGCAAUGGAAUGAUCCUCAAAACGACAACUCGAGACCAGUUGCGAGCAUCCUUUGCACACGAGCGGGGCCGGCCGAACUAUGUCACACUCGAACAGACCACAAAUGAUGAUACCAAUUGACCAAACCACACGUCAGAGCGAGACUGUUCGAAGAACGUAAUGAGGAUGUACGCGUAUGCUAACUGC